UGUGGGCAGUAAACACACUGCACAUCUUUGAGGGGGGGGGGGGAAGAAAAGAAAGCUUGUUACGGCCACACAACCCCAGCUCAUUGUGAUCUGGUUGAGAGCUCCUGCUUCAAUACUGAGACGCACAAGUUAAGGUCCAGAAUUGUGUCCAACCACAGCUUUUCCCUGAGCAUGGUGACAUUGGGUGGAACGUCACAGACCCAGUAGGUUACUUCUGGAGCUGUGCUCAGUCAUACGGCAAAAGCUUCAACAUGCUGGCCAUCAUUGAGUCCUGGGAAGAGGAGGGGAGCUACUACGAGGACAGCACCGGUCAGUUUCUGUUCAUCUUGCUGUUAAAGGUGGGCCUGGACUGCCUGGUCCUGUCGAUGUGCUUGUGCUUGCUGCACACCUCCUUCAUGGGCGUCUGUGGCCUCUCCGUCUUCCUCGUUGAUGUGGUGUUGGUGUGCGCUGUGGCGGCUGUGUGGUUCCUCGGACCCGCCCGUUCCCCGGUGUCCAUCUGCUUCCUCUUGGCGCAUGCCUCAGCCGUGUUCAACGCGCUGCCUCUGCCCAUGCUGGGCCUGGGGCUGCUGGACUACGCCUCCGAGCCAUGCUACACCACCUGUCACGUCGCUCCCUGUAGGGACCUAUGGAACUAUGCCCUGACGCUGCUGGUGUGGGUGCUAGCCGGUGUGCACUCCUGCUGCUCAGCCGUCACAAACCUCCUAGAGGUUGAGUACGAGGGAGGGAGGAACGCUUUAGGGUGCGCUGUGCAGGAGUCUGAGUUUGUGGUACAUUUCUCAGUGGGGAUCUCCGUGGCCAUCUGCUGUGUAAUGCUGCUCCACUACAAACAUCUGCCUUUGUGGCUGAAGGAGGCCAACAGGCUGUCAGAGCAGAGGGAUAAUGUUAACCCAAUGCUGCAGAGCCACUUGAGAUUCAGGUAUGCCAAGUUACAGCAGCUAAGGGGUGACGAGGACGAGCAGAAAGCACUGGCAGUGGAGACUGAAUGGCAGAGGCCCCCCCUUUACCUCAGCCUGACUUUGGACUUUGGCACAACGUGGGCAUCUUACCUGGUCAUGUGCAUCGCCUGUGAGCUUUUGGGCCUUGCAGUCCCUGCUUACAUCAGCAUCAACCUCCUAUGGUUGGAGUGCGCCAACAGCGUAUUGGUGGGGCUGGUGUUCUGGCUCAAGAGCGACUGACUGGGGCCUUACACCGCCAGUGGCAUGUUUGUUUACUGGCACUUAAAGUAAAGAUUCACCAAUUUUUUUUUCUUUCUUUCAAAUAUUUUAUUUUACAAUUUUCCAUACAGACAAAACCAACAAUAACACACAAACAACGAUAUGUAUAUAUAUUAUUAUAUUGUGUUUGUGCAUCUCUGAAUUAAGUUUUAUCGAUUCCCUGGGUCAAUUCAUGUUUUCAUGUGUAUCUGAGAUAUUGCUGUUCGAGCAGGCAGAAAUUCUGCCCGUAUGACGUAGCGUUGAGAUAAAACCACUCUCAACCCUGGAAGUUAAUUUUAUUUAUUUAUUUAUUUCACCUUUAUUUAACCAGGUAGGCAAGUUGAGAACAAGUUCUCAAUAAUAGCUUGACAGGUGACUCGUUUGGAGGUAAGACAUGUUCAAAAAUAUUACUACAUCCGGUUAGGUUCUAAUUAUCAGAGUAAGAACUCGACGGACGCUAUGAAGGCUUAAACCAAGUUUAUUUAUCCCACAGGGUUGAACAGCUGAACUGACCAAAAUACAUUUCCAAUAGUGGUGGUGUAUGUACCCCAAUUUGGGGUGAAAUCUUCUCCUUCUCUCCAAACACUAGAUCUCUGUUGCUAGGCAGGAAAUUAAGUGGAAAUAAACUGUGCCUUCUCCCUUAACGUCACCUCAACCCCCUUCAUCACUAAUCCACAGCUCUCUUCCCUUAUCAGUGCUGCCACAUGUGAUCGUAUUCGCUGCACUCAGUACAUUCCAAGCUUAAUUGCCCCCACCAUAUACCUUCCUCCUACAGAUAACCAUUAACUUCUGGUGUAGACCCUCUAACCCUAAGCAUUCAAUAUUUCAAAAGGAUACCUGAUAAUUAACCCUAUUCCAAGUUUAGGCGUUAGAACCCAGAAUCCAUCAGUCCCCCGUUUUGAACAUUUAACUCCAUACUGUUCAACAUUACAUAAACUUGGGAAUUACUUAUAGAUGGACAAACAAUAAUAAUAAAACACAAAAAAAAAAUAAAGAUGAUUGACAUUCACCAUGAGGUUUACAAACUCAGAGACUUAUGGCCUCUGUUCUAUGAUCACACCAUUUCUCAUAGAAACUGAUAAUAACAUGUCCGCUGGAGUUGUCGACCCCUUCCAUUUCAACUUUCUCCUUCUGGUUCCCAAGUGAGUGAUAGCACAAGACUUGAAAAUCAACGAGAAACACAAAACAUAACAGUAUUAACAAUGUGGUAAGCUUUGCAUAAUUAUAUAUGCAAAGAAAUCCCAAAGUUUGAUAACAUGAUGAUUCCCACUCUCUCUUCGCCUGAUUCUAUGCCUUCAGAAUUCUGGAUUCUGCUGGAUUCCGCAAAAAUGAAGACCCUAGAAAACCUCCUCAUGCUUUGAUCCAGUCUUCCCCAUCAGGCCACAGGUUAUAAGAGGUGUUCCCAGGCCAUGUCAUUUUCACUUGAUAGGCACGUCACCUGAUAGGCAAGUGCUGCCCUUUCCCACCUGGACAAAAGGAACACCUAUGUGAGAAUGCUGUUCAUUGACUACAGCUCAGCGUUCAACACCACCUGGCGAGGGCACCAGGCUGCCCUGCAUUACACACUCCUGCCACCAUCAUUUACGGACACCUGUCUUCCCUCGUCACGCGCUUCAGUUAUAAUAAUGGACUCACCUGGACUCACUCAAUCACCUGUUUAUUACCUCCCCUAUAUUUGUCAGUUCCCCAGCUCUGUCCCCCGCUGCUGCAUUGUUUGUUGUUUGUCAUUGUGUAUCUGUGUUCUGAUGCUGUUUCUGUCUUGCUCUUUGUCUGUUCAUAAUUAAAUGUCAACUCCCCAUACCUGCUUCUCAUCUCCGGCAUCGGUCCUUACACAAUGACGAGACAGCCUAUAGGGAGGAGGUCAGAGAUCUG